AUGGACCUUCUACAAAUACUGAUUGACGCAGAUGAGAACAAGGUUCACGAAGGAACACCACCCAGGCGUUCAUGUAACCAUGUGUCAUACCAUGAAGUGUAUGCACAGGGUAUGAUCUUCCUUGCUACCUUUGAAGGCUUGACAACACCCCUCUCGUUCCUUGCCCAUGCCCUGGCUACUCACCUCGAUGUCCAGAAGAAGCUGUUUGACGAAAUACACUCAGUAAUCGGUGAUGAGGACCCGACAUGUGACAAAAUACAGAAGAUGGAAUAUCUUGAUCACGUCAUCAGGGAGAUCCUCCGCCUUUACCCUCCUUUCACAUUCAUUGGUAGAGAAACAGCAAACACAGUUACCAUCAAGGGUUACACUUUCCCCGAAGGGUCAACUGUUAUCGUACCAUUGUUGGAGAUACAGAGAGACCCAGACUACUUUGAUGAGCCAGAUACCUUCCAGCCCGAUCGAUGGAAAGGCAGCAUCAACCCACUUGCUUGGCUUCCGUUUGGUUAUGGUCAACGUCAGUGUAUCGCAGUCAGACUCUCCAUGCUUGCAAUGAAGAUUGCCGUCAUCCAUGUCCUCCGAAGGGUUAAGUUCGUCACGCAACCUGAUGUGCCUAAGUUGCUGGAGUUGGAGUACCCAGUCACUGGACUAAUUGUGCCAAAAAGGUCAAUCAAGCUGAAGAUUGAACUCAGGGACCACCCUGAACAUUACAUCGGAUAA